GACUAUGGACAAUAUUUCUUUACACUUGGGUUUUGGGUGAUAUGACAAAUUAUGCUUUUGCUCUUCUUGGAAUAGAUGAAAUAAUGCAAUUCGCUUCAUUCGCCGGUUUAGGCGGCAUAAAUUUUGUCUUGGCCUGGGGUGGUUCCAUAGGUUGUGACAUCCUUACUAAUUGGCUUCUAACUAACGAAAAAGAUUCGUUAAAUGGUCAAAAUACUGCUCCGUUGAUAAUCUAUCAAGAUUCUGAAGAUAAUAGCACGGAUACUGUUUUACCCACCACAAAUAAUCGUCGAAGGCGUCAUUUAAUUAACUUUUCUAUACCUCCGAUUUUUACUUCCCUUUUUGUAUAUUUAAUCGUGCUAUUUUUGGUUAUCACUUAUGGUUCUAUUAGACUUUCAACAGGAUAUUUGCCAUUUUAUCAACAAAAUAUCAAGGAUUUCGCUCCUUCGUUGAUAACAAUGGGUUGUGUAAUUCGCCAAGAUUCAACGGUUAACUCGGAUUAUAUUGAAACAACUCGUGAAUUAGCUUCAAAUGGCAGUAAAAUAGUGUUGUGGUCUGAAGGCUCUGGAAAUAUAACUGAUACUACACAAUUAACUGACCUCUUCGCCUCACUCACGAAUAUUUCCCAAACUUAUAAUACGUAUAUAGGUGUUGCUUAUAUAGACUUCCGUCCUGAACAACCUCAUUAUAAUAAAUUAGCAGUCAUUGCUCCAUCAGGUGAUAUAAUAAUAGAUUAUUCAAAAGCAAAUUUAGUUCCAUUUUUAGAAACAAUUUGUUUUGAUUAUGAUUUUCCAUCGUUAAUUAACCAAGCUUCUCGUAAAGAGGUGAAUUUAAUGUUGGAUGCAAGUCCCGUAGGAAUCCUUCAUGCUCGUAUGAACGCGAUCCGUUCAAUAGAAAACGGUUUCACAAUGUUAAGAUGUAAUGCAAAUGGGAUAUCUGGUGUUUGGGGACCAUACGGCCAGCCAUAUCAUUAUGUACCAACUACAACUUCAAAUACUAAAUUUGUUACAUUUCAAGUACCAUUGUAUCCAAGGGUUAAAACGGUUUAUGGUAUAUUUGGUGAAACUUUUGGGUGGUUAUGUGUUGCUAUGAGUGGUGUGAUUAUAGUUGCUAUGAUAAUCGAAUGGAAAGGAAGUGCAGAAUGGAAAGCAACUAUCAUAAAAUGGUUUUAA